AUGGCGCCCCGCUGCUUCAUAGUCCGCCACGGCGAAACAGAAUGGUCCAUAAAUGGCCGACACACAGGCGAAACCGACCUGCCCCUCACAGCAAACGGCGAGAAGCGAGUCAAAGCAACUGGAAAAGCCCUCGUCGGCAACGACAGACUAAUUGUUCCCAAGAAUCUGGUUCACGUCUACGUAUCCCCACGCACCCGCGCUCAACGAACCCUCGAACUCCUCGAACUCGGCUGCCGCGAACGUCUACCCUGGACCGAAACCCGGCAGGCAGAAGAAGACGAGCCGAUUCGGUCAGAGGCUAAGGUGUCAAUCACGGAUGCGGUGCGCGAGUGGGAUUAUGGUGAUUAUGAGGGUUUGACGAGUAAGCAGAUCAAGGCUCUGCGGGAGGAAGGUGGGGAGAAGCCUUGGAAUAUUUGGACUGAUGGGUGUCCUGGGGGAGAAGAGUGUGUAUCCCCCGACGAUGUCGUCAAACGCCUCGACGCUCUAAUCGCUGAUAUCAAAGAGAAAUACCACCGGGCCUGCCUUGAGGGUGGUUCGGAGUCUGGAAAGGGUGACGUCCUGGUCGUUGCGCAUGGGCAUAUCCUCCGCGCAUUUGCGAUGCGGUGGGUUGGGAAGCCUUUGACGGAGACGUCAUUGAUUCUGGAAGCUGGUGGUGUGGGAACCUUGAGCUAUGAACAUCACAACGUCGAUGAGCCGGCCAUUAUUCUCGGUGGAGCGUUUGUGGUUGAGUAG